AUGAAGCCCAAAGCCGGAUUUCUGUCUCUUGCUGAAGAAGUGCAGCUCUACAUCCUGAUCUUGCUGCCGUACCGAGAUAUCCUUCGUUGUUCAUCCGUAUGUAAGGCCCUUCGCCAGACGUACCUAUCGUACUCCGAACUUCAGUACAUCGUUGAACUCGGCGGUCAACAACUGCUCCAUGUUCCUGACAUAAAUCCUGAACAUCGCAUUUCUGUCUCCCAGCGCCUACAACUCCUGAGGAACAGAGCUCACGCAUGGUUCAAGCUUGAUGUCCACACUUGCACAACAAUCUUUAUACCAGACCAAUGUCGAUACAGUCGAACAUCAUCAAUACGGGGGGUCGCCAAUGGGCAUCUCUGCCUCUGGGACACCAAUCCCGAUGCACACACCUUCGACAUGUUCAUGGACCCAGCGCAAAACCUGAUCGCUGUCGCGUAUUCCGUUACUGAUCAUGAUCCCAAUUGGGGUGAUGCUGAGAUGUUCUACAUUGAUCUCAUAGCCCUAGAUGGAGGUGGUGUUCACCCUCAAGCUGCUGGGCAUACACUCUUUCUGUCGGAGCUGACUGGCUACGACGUUAUCAAGACAGACCCGGACGAUAUCAAGCUCGAGGGUUUCGGCAAGCAUAUCGCUUUCUGGCGCACCGUAGAGAUGCUUGAUGCAAACAAUGAUUUUCAUAACAUGUGGGAGUUGCAGAUUUGGGACUGGCAACACUCAACAACAUCCAGUUGCGUCCUCGCUGACGACAUAGGCCCACUCUAUGACUGCUCAGCUGAUUUUUGUUUCCUCGGAAACGAUAGAUUGCUGGUUUUCAGCCACAAAUUAAAACUCUAUUCAAUCGAGGAUACGACACAGGCGCCGCAGCUGCUGGCGUGCUUCUUGCUGCCUAUCUCAGCGAUGAAUAUAGGGUGCACGUGCAUCCUUCCUAUGGAAGAUAGCUUGCAACCACCGAUGCAAGCCCAACAAAAGAUGUGGACCUCAGACCCUCAACACCAACUAUUUAUAUUAUCCCUUGAAUCAUUCUGUUCGACUCUCCUCUUCAUCAUUUCCACCACAAUGUUCUUCAAUCUUGACUUCUCUGAAGAGAUGCCAGCAGAAAUACUGUGGGAUGACUGGGGCCCUUCAAAUUCUCGUGCGUUCCAGAAUCACAUGCACCAGCGUAUUGGCGUUAGUGGAAAUCGAGUGUUGCAGGCAUGCCCCGUAGAUGGCACGACCGAUGAACAAGAUCAUCCUAUGGAGUAUAGAUUCCAUGCGAUGGACUUCAGCCCGUUAGCUAUUGAGCGUCGGCAGGGUGUGGGACGAGUAGUGAAAGAGCCAUCUACGAUAAUCAUAGAAACCCCUGACUCACCGCCACAGGUGGCCUUAACGACGAACUUGCCUUACGUCGAGCUUGUGUCGGACGGAACAUUCAGUUAUCCGUUUGACGGGAUCUGGAUCGACAAGGACGCAGUUUACCUUUCUCGAUAUGAAUUUCAAAUCGAGCUCAUUGAGAUAACGCCGAGGGCGGCAGACUAG